AAAUUCUUUUUCCCCCCUUUUGUUCGUCGAACGGUCACCGUCGCGGUAUUUGUCAAAUAACGAUGCAGUGAAAAUAAUCGUGAACAUCGGUCUUGGACGAAUUCUUUCAACGGAAAGAAGAGAACCAUGUUCCGUAAUCAGUAUCAAAGCGGACUGCUGUCUAUUCUGUACAGCUGUGGCUCGUCGCCGUUGGAAAUAUGGGGCAUGCACGUGAAGUAUGGUUACAUUCGACGAGUGACGGACGAGGAGGUGAAAUCUCUGGCCCUGGAACUAACGGGAACCAAUGUCACGACAACUUAUAUCUUUGCGCCAUCGAACCCGAGGGGGUCGCUCGGGAUUAGGCUUCCUUUCUUGAUCAUGAUUAUCAAGAACAUGAAGAAGUAUUUCACGUUCGAAAUAACAAUUCUUGAUGACAAGAAUAUGCGCAGGAGGUUCCGAAUGAGCAAUUUCCAAAGUACUACUCGCAUUAAACCCUUCUGCACGUCGAUGCCAAUCGGCCUGUCCGGUGGUUGGAAUCAGGUUCAAUUUAAUCUGUCGGAUUUCACGCGAAGAGCGUAUGGCACCAAUUACGUCGAGACCACGCGCAUUCAAAUCCACGCGAACUGUCGGAUUCGACGUAUUUAUUUCGCAGACAGACUGUACACGGAAGAUCAACUACCGGAGGAAUUCACUCUGUUUCUGCCUAUUCACCGGAAGAAGUGUGUCAGAGAAGCACCUGAGAGGAAAGAAGAGGCGAAACCGGAAAAAGAGGAAGAUCUUGUACAACCGUUCGAAGAGGACGAGAGGACUGAAGAUGAAGAAGAGGAGAAAGAGUUACCCGACGAGGAACCGAUCGAGGACGAAGGUGAAACUAUGAAAACACAGCUAAGGGAGGAUGAAGAAGAGGAAGAAGAAGAAGAAGAAGUGGAGGGCGACGAGGUCGAACCCAUACAAGGAACGGAUUACGAAGCUGAAGACGAAGUACCUGUCGAAGAAGAGGGUCCUGUCGAAGAUGAAGCUGAAGAAUCUACAGUCGCUGCAAAUUUAACGUCUCCUGGAACGGUAACGGAAGGGGAAACAGACGCGGAUGACGCAGCAGCGGCAGAUGACGAAGACGAUGAAAAUGAAGCUGAACCAUGA